GUGGGGUGGAGGGCCAGUACUGUGCAGGCCUUGACAAAAACUAAUGGAGAGAAGAAGGGAGCUUGCUACAGCAUGGACAUAAUCAGGUUAAAGAAAUGAGGACAGCGAGAAGCGGGAGGAGGAGCUGUGGUGGAAAAACCGACUGUGUCACUGCAAGCAGCCAGAGCAGGACGAUGGGAUUUUGUUGUGCAGGAGGAGGACAUGGGAUGGACUGUGGUGAUGUUAGUAUGUGUGUGUCACAGCUUAUGUGCAGCGAGUGAUUUGAGUUGGAGGUAGGAUUUCAAAAUAGAUUUGCUGAUACAGAUCUCUGCUGUCAUGCAGCUCUGACCUCUGAAAGGAAUUUCCCUGAAACAUGAGGCUUUGAUAUCUCUAAAUGAUCUGAAAUGUCAUGUAGCUGUGUCAGGUAGGACUCACAGUGGGGGGUAGGGGGUCGAACACCAUCAGUAUUUAGUUGUGUCCGACAUCCUGCUAGCAGUAUGGAUCCUCAGCAGCCUGUUUUUAGCCUGAUGAAGCGCUUCUGUCCUUGUCUCAGUCUCCUGCCUCUGCCAAGUCAGGACUGGAGCAAGAGUGAUGAAAGACUCUUGCAGGCCGUGGAGCAGAAUGAACCUGACAAAGUCUCGGCUCUCAUCGUCAAAAAGGGUCUCUGUCCCACCAAGCUGGACUCUGACGGCAAGUCAGCGUUCCAUGUGUGUGCAUCCAGAGGCCGAUUAGACUGCCUGGAGGUGAUCAUCGCUCAUGGAGCCGACCUCAGCGUCACUGAUGGGGCUGGCUUUAGCGCCCUUCAUCUUGCAGCCAAAAACGGACAGUCAGAGUGUUUAAAGAGACUCUUGCAGGAGAGGCUGGCUGUGGAUUGCACUGACAGCAUUGGUAGGACACCACUUCAUCAUGCAGGGAUCAGUGGCUGCCUGCCCUGCACAGAGACCCUGUGGGACUUCAAAGCCAAUCUGAAUAUCCAGGACAAUGAAGGCACCACCCCGCUGAUCUUAGCGGCACAGAUGAGCAGGGUGGAGCUGUGUGCCUUUCUUCUGGGUCGGGGUGCUGAUGCAAACAUACAGGACAGCCAAGGCAGGUCUGCUCUGAUGCUGGCAUGUGAGAGUGACAGUGUGGAGACUGUAAAAGCUCUGCUGAGAGGCGGAGCCAACACACAGCUGGUGGACUCCCUUGGGCACAAAGCUGUCGACUACAGCGUAACCAUAGGCAACCAACGCAUCAUCCGGAUGUUGCAGGAUGGAGUUCCUCCAGCUUCUGAGGGCAAGGACGAGGAGAUCAAGGAUUUGCCCCCAUCUGCCAAGUCUCCAAGUCCAGCUCCCCGUGUGCGGUCUCCUGAACCUCCAAAGUCCUCGUCUCCCUCCCCUCUUCCUCCAGAAACCCAGCAGUCAGCCCAGUCUGAGGACGAGGAGGUGUUUGAGGAGAUUCGGCGGCUGCGACUAGAGAGAGCCCGCCUGCUUCAGAAGAUCCAAGCUUUAGAGCGGCAGCAACAGAGCGCCCUCUCUGCCUUGGAGGAGCUUUCCCAACUCAAACAACGUUUGGCAGAAUCAGAGGCAGAAAGAGACAAGCUGCUUGAGGAGUUGAAGGGGACUCACGGCUUUGGGGCCAGUGACUCUGAAGACAUGGAUGAAAUGUUGGAUUUCCCAGAAAAGCUGCUCUCCAAGCGUUCCAGAGCAUCUCCUGGCCUGGAGGAGGCUAAUUCCCAACCGGACACAGACUCAGCCAGCCCCUCCUCUGCUCCUGCAGAUCCAAGAACUGUAACUGAGCUUCGAAGGCAAAUAGAAGAGCUAACUUCACAGAACUCUGAGCUUGUUCUUAAGGUGCAGAUGCUGGAGAUGUUUGAGAAGGAUGACACCGACAUGCAGGCCGCCGGUCCAGACUCAGUCCCUCUGGUUCAGUAUGAAACCCUGAGGAAGGAGUUUGAGGUCAUUCAGGAGCGCCUCUCCCAGGCCCAAGCUUCACUGGAGGACUCUAGAGUAGCUGAGGAGCUUGGCGAUGAGAAGUGCGAGGAAGGAGAUGCAGAGAGUCCAGACGCUCUGAGAGAAAAACUGCAUGGACUGGAGGAUCAGUUGGCCUCCUCCAAGUCGGAGCUGGAGGAGCUGAAGGAGCAGAUGCGACUUGGGGUGCUUUCUGUGGAGAGUGUUGAAGGAAACAUUGCUGCAGCAGUUGCUGGGGCUGCAGAGGAGGGGGCGAGCCAGGAGGCGCAGCAGCUGAGAGCCAGGGUCACAGAGUUAGAGGACAAGCUUGCUAAGGGACAGCGCCAGGCUGACACCAUCCAACAGCUGACAGAGAAAGUGAAGGAACUCCAGGCUGCGUUGGCCCAGAGAGAGUCUAACCACACACAAGGAGAGAGCGAAACAGUGAAGUCUCUUCGUGACAAAGUAGCUGAGCUGCAGUCAGCCCUGGCAGAGAGUAGUGUGUCAGAGAAAGGGGGAGCAGCCGCUGGAGAUGGAAAUCAGAUCCGUCGACUUCAAGACCGUUUGGGAGAGUUGGAGGGAGAACUUCAAAAGUGCGUUCCUCGCUCAGAGCUGGAGGAGGUGCAGGUGACUCUUGGACUUCAGUGUGAGCAGCUGGCCAGGGAGAGGGCGGAGGUGGCGAGGAGACUCAACGAUGCCUUGCUGGAGCUGGAGAGACUCAAACCUCCUUUACGUGGUGAUGAGGAGGAGGAGGAAGAUGAGGAGGAGGAUCAUUCAGAGAGCUCAGAGCCUUCUCUCAUGUCAGAACACUCGAGGCGUUUGUUAGCAAAAGUUAGAGAAGACCUGGAAGUGGCCAGGCAGGAGGCAGCCCAGGCCCUGGACUGUCUCUGUGCUGAGCGAGAGGGACGAGCACAGGACGCCCUGCAGCUAAAGGAUGCCGUGCCACUCUCAAAGCACGAAGAGGCUCUGUCUGCACUAUCGGAGCAGGUGGCUCAGGUGCUGCAGGAGCUCCAAGAGGAGAAAACUUUACGUGCAGAAGCUGAGGAGAAAGUUGCCAGUCUAGAAGCCCAGUUGCAAACCACACAGGACACCGUUUCCAAAGAGGAGCAUGAUAAGGUCAAGGAAGAGCUACGUCGCGCUCUGCAGGACAACGAGAGUACAGCAGCAGCAGCUCGGGACGCCCUGAGAGAGAGGGAGAUGGAGCUGAGGGAGCUGAAGUCUCAGAAGGCAGCAGAACAGGGUCUGAUCUCGAAGGAGGACCAUGAGGCCCUGAGGCUCUCUUUGCAGGCGGAGAUCAACGCCGCUACGGCACGCUUCAACGAUCUCACUAGGAAACACGAGAAGACGUGCACGGAGGUGUUCCAGGUCCAAAGGGAGGCAUUGUUUCAUAAGAGUGAGCGGCAGGCUGCAGAGUCCCAGCUGGCCUCGGUCCAGCAGCAGCUCACUGAGCUACAGGCCCGGUCCAGCCACAUCCAGGAGCUCCACAGAGACAUCCAGGAGUCCCAGGGUCUGGUCAAAGAGAAGGACCGCAAGAUAACAGAACUGUCUAAGGAAGUGUUUCGGCUAAAAGAGGCCCUGGGAGCUCUGUCGCCUCCUCUUGGGAUCACAUCUUCCUCCUCAUUCUCUACCAUCCAGCAAGUCAAUCCUGGACAGCAGGUGGCGCUGCAGAACAGGAUUUCUAUUCUCACACAACAGCUGCAAGACUGGGAGAAAAAGCACAAACAUGUGGUGACUGUUUAUCGCUCCCAUUUACUGGCAGCUGUGCAGGGUCGCAUGGAUGAAGAAGUGCAGCGGCUGCUGCUCCAGAUCCUGAGAAUGACACAACAGGGAGACUGAAGUCGCUUCGAGUUCCUAUUUCCACCUUCUGGCUCUGUGCUGGAGAGCCCACCAUCUGCAGCUCCUGUAAUACGUAGAGCCAGUCCUCACUUACAAAGCCAAACACAACUGAUCUGUGGUCAGACUUCGCUGCAUGUGAGAACACAUUAGCUUAAACAGCAGCCUCAAUGCUUGACUCAUAUCCAAACGAAGUGAAAGAGGAGUGCCUUUUUAUAUCUGCUCAUGAGAACAGGAAGUGAAUGUGGGUUUUGAGAUGAUAGUAUGCACCGAUGGUGUGACUGGCCUACCGAUUUUACACAAUGUUGUUAUAAUAAAACAAAAUCAAAAGCAACCGA